AUGCGCGGGGAGCAUGAAUUAGUAAUUCCCGGUGAGCAGCGACGCGACUGGUGCUCAACAGAUGCCUGUGAGAACCGCCUGUGCCGCAAGAAGUUUUCACUACUCGUCAGUAAACAACACUGCCAGUGGUGUGGACGGAUAUUUUGUGACAAUUGUGCCCCAUGCACUGCUACAUAUGGUGGGCGACGCUUACGGCGGUGCAACUCCUGCAAGUUUCCCGCUGUGUUUAGAAGUUUGCGUAACUUACGUACGGGGAAGCGUGAUGGAAGCGUGGCGCGUCUCAUUAUGUCAUUUCUCGACAGCCGCAGCAUUAACGCACUCAUGCAUUCAUGUUACACAUCCCUCUCUGAAUUCAAUGUUGGAGAUUAUGUUUAUUAUGAAAGUAUAACAGACCGCUUCCCAACAUUCUUUGAGGGAGCUAUGAUUGGUAAAGGUGGGUUUGGCUCUGUGUAUAAAUGCGAAGACCGGAGUUAUCCCUGUAGAAGGCGUGUGGCACUUAAAGUAAUAACUAAAGCAUCGGUUGUGACCUAUCGUUCGUGGAAGAAAAUUGUAACAGAGUUGGAAAUAAUGCAAGAUGUGGAUCAUCAUAAUGUUGCAAAACUAUUGGAGGUAUUGCAGACACCACAUCACCUUGUUAUUGUUAUGGAAGCAGGUGAUGGCGGUUCGCUCAUGCAAGCAUGGAGGUUAGCUAAGGAAUAUAAAUACGACGUAGAAGUUCUUGUGGCAAAUGUUGUCCUGCAGGUGGCAGAAGGUCUUGACUACCUUUACCACAAGAAAGGAAUAGUGCAUCGUGAUAUAAAGCUUGAAAACAUCGUUCUUUCGCACGACUUCAAAAGGGUGAUGAUCAUCGACUUUGGCCUUGCGGAGUAUGUGAAACAGUGCGAAACACAACUUUUUGUACCUUGUGGAACCGCAGGUUACACUUCUCCAGAGAAUAUACGCGCUGUCGUGGAACGUCGCCGUGUGUAUGAGGCGUUGGGAGAGACGAUGCAUCUUGCGGAUAUGUACAGCUUAGGUGUUGUAGCAUAUGUUUUGUUGUGUGGUCAUAUGCCUGUGGCUACGCGAUGCUUUAGUUCUCUUUACCAAAAUAUGCUGAAAGGCAUCCGCUGCGUCGGUCCGCAUUGGGCCAAUGUAUCGGAUGAUGCCAAGUCGCUUGUGGAGUCAUUAGUGAAAACAAACUCAUUUGAACGUGCCACUGUUGCGGUGAUACGUGAGCAUCCUUUUAUACAAGCGAAGGCUCCCCUUAUUGUAGAAAUUGUGCAACGUCAUAUGCACAAGCAAACGGAAACUGAGCGAAGGGAAGUAAAGGAGUGGGUUUAUGUCGAACCAUUAAGUGAUCAUUGGGAUAUGAUAGAGGUUGAAACGGUAAGUGAUGAGGAAAAUAGGGGACUUGCGCUGCGCAAAGGUAGUUCCACUUUUGGUCGAGUGGGAUUUAUGAACCGCUUGAAGUCUGUUGUCUGGGACUAA